ACUAUUGUCUAACGGGUCCGUGUGUGUGUGUGUGUGUGUGUGCGCAGUGCUGACGGUUUACUUCACUUUCACACGGAUCUCUGGCGCUCUUUGGACUUUCACACGGAUUCUCUAACGUUAUUUCACACCGGAAGUCGAUUCGGAUCGGUGGAGAAAUUGUCACAUUUUUGCAGCUAAACUGUUUUUUAUUAUUAUUUUAAAGUAUUUUAAAGUAUCAAGAUUUUGGUUUUGUCUGUUGUUGGAUUUAAAGCAUUAGGUUAAAUUAAACAGAACUAAAAUGAGCGACGCGAAUCAGCCGGAAAUUGAGCUGUUUGUGAAGGCAGGCAGUGAUGGACAGAGCAUUGGGAACUGUCCUUUCUCCCAGAGGCUAUUUAUGGUGCUGUGGCUUAAAGGAGUGACGUUUAAUGUGACCACCGUUGACAUGAAGAGGAAGCCGGACAUCCUGAAGGACCUGGCUCCAGGGGCCCAGCCCCCGUUCCUGCUGUACGGACGGGAAGUGAAAACAGACACCAACAAGAUCGAGGAGUUUAUUGAGGAGCACCUCUGCCCUCCUAAGUAUCCUCGUCUGGCUGCCCGUAACCCAGAGUCCAACACUGCUGGCAUGGACGUCUUCUCGAAAUUUUCUGCCUACAUCAAGAACUCCAACCCUGCCAUGAAUGACAACCUGGAGAAAGGCCUGCUGAAGGCACUGAUGAAGCUGGAUGAUUACCUCAGCUCUCCUCUACCUGACGAGAUCGACGAGAACAGCACCGAGGAUGUCGCCACAUCAUCCCGCCCCUUCCUGGAUGGACAGGAUCUCACACUGGCUGACUGUAACCUUCUGCCCAAGUUACACAUCGUCAAGGUGGUGUGUCAGAAGUUUCGGAAUUUCUCCAUCCCUCGCUCUCUGCUGUCUCUAUGGCGAUACUUAGAUGCUGCAUACGCACGUGAGGAAUUCUCCUCCACAUGCCCGAGUGACGCAGAGAUCCACAUCGCCUACUCAUCUGUUGUCAAAGCUCUCAAAUAAACACACACACACAAUUUUGUAUGUAAAAACACACACACACACACAAUUUUUUAUCUAAACACACACACACACACACACACACACAAUUUUGUAUGUAAACACACACAGCUUUUAAAGGGGCGGUUCAAAAUGUACAUCUUUGUAUAUGUUUGCAAACUUUACGUCAGUCACAGAUCAAGUCUUUUUCAUUUGCAUGAUAUUAGCAGGUCAUUAACUGCAUUUACUGGAUUAUAUGUUAGUCUGGAUUAGAAGCCACGCCCCCAAGUUUCAGUAUGGUUAUGUAACGGUUUAUUUAAAUAGUGACAUUAAAGUUCAUAACGUUGUGAGUUUGACCAAGGAAAUCGAACAUUGCUGUUGCUAGGCAACUGUGAAACGUGUUCCCCAAACGAGCUAGCUAACGACUGAAAUUUAUCAUUUAUCUAACUAGCAUGAAGUAUUUUAUUUAUUCUAUUUUUUAUAUAGGUGAACUUUAACCUCUUUGUAAAGGGCGUGGCACUUCGUUCUGAAAAUGAAGGCAUAAAAAUUAAAAUCCAAUUAGAGCUAGCUGACGUCAGCUCUUCGCCACACCAGACAGAGUGUUUGCUGAACCGUCCCUUUAACACGCAAAGCAGUUUUGUACUCGAGAGACUCUCAGGCUUGUCAAUUAGCGUGCUAGCGUUUUGAUUCACACCUCCUUUACUUUUUUCCUGCUCUUUCUCCUCACACACUUGUCCUUUUAUUCACAGCAGCAUGUAGACAUGCACUAACGAUGUGUCUUACGUUCCCAAGUUCAUGCAUUACACUUAAUCUUUACAGACAGUCCACAAACUUGACCAGUGAACAACAAACUGCGCCUUUCUGACUAAAUAAUUGCACUGUAUAAUCGUUAGCUAGCUUAACAUCACACACUAUGGAACAUUAAUGCUAACCACAGAGGUUGCUUAGCUUAGCCUGUCAGCUACAGUAGAAACCCUAGCUAGCUGAUUGGACUGUAGAGGAUCUGAGCAGUGUGUAAGAGUUACUCUGAGCAUCUCGUCGACUCGCACUCCUUCUCUGUUCCUGUUUUAGAAACGAAACCCCAUGCAGCCGUUGGCUCGGCGUGUGGUAGCGAUGAAGCAAGCAUGCAGUUUGUUUGGCUAGUAACGCACUCGUACACCAUGCACUCGCUCUCACAGGAGCUGCUUCUCGUGUCACGCGUGAUCUUCGGUAGUGCGAAUAGGAACAAGGACCGACUCUUUCUUAGAGAAAGGGGCGGCGAUACGUGCUAGCACGGGGAUUUGGGUUUUUUUUUUUUCUUAAAAAGAAGUGCGUUUUAGAGAGACAAUAGUGUGUGGUGUCGCAUUUCUCUGUUGCACAAUACAGGAUCGGGGGCAAAGGCGUGUGCACUGGGAGUCUGUGGGUGUUGGUCUGGUGAACCACAGUGUUGUUUUUGGCUUGUAUACACACACACACUCACACUCUUACACACACAUACACACUCUUACACACACUCACUCUUUUACACACACAUACACACACACACACUCACUCACUCUUACACACACACACAAACUCCAGCCUUCAUUUCAAAACAAUGGAUGGUUUGGAAGGAGAACAACACAGGAAGCUGCAGGUUUGAUGAUAGCUGACUAGUCCAGAGAGCUUUGUCCCGCCCAGUUUGGUCAUUUAUAAUUAGACGAUUGCAGGACGACUCGUCAAAAAUUAAAAUAUCUACAAAGCUGAUGAAUCUGAUGAUCCGAUGAAUAUAUUUUUAUUGCUUUGUUUUUGUUUAAAGUGCCAAGAAACUCUCACAAUUUGUGAAUUCAGGUGGACUUUUUUCUAGAAUUUUCUCACAGGCUUUUUGCACUUUGUCAUACAGCUGAUUAGCAGCACAGCUCCUUCUAAUAUUAACAGCGAUCUAAACGUUCGUGCUCGACUCGUAUAUUUUAUAAGAAACGUUACACGUAGAGCAGAGAAGCGGUGUGAGAUUAUUGGAAUUUUACUCGUUCGAGCGUUGAGCUUUGUGAAGUAAGACCAGAUGCAGGCUUCCUGUAAAACGGGGAAGUGCGAUUGUCCGCAGCACAAGAGCAAAACCGCACAGCAAAACCGCCCCCACUUUCUGUCCUUCAGCCUAUAACCUCACCCUCCUUUUUCUUCUUUCCUCCUUCUCUCUCACUGGCUUUUCACUCUUCUUACUUUCUUCCCUUUCUGCUGAAUGCCAGGUGUGUACAAUAUGAGCUGAUAUCACCACUCAUCUACAGCCACGACGCAGGAACCGGUUAGAUCAGGUCCAGAUGAGCAGAUGGACACGUGUGUUGUCUUUUGUACGCAAAUACGUCGGCCUUAAUAAAGAACCUAAAAA